UUACGCACAUAGCUCGCCAGGUUUUUUCCCCAACACCAAUCCACUCUUCCCCUCCUUUUUUCUCCACUCCCCUCUGCUGUCCCCACCCCAGAUUCCCGUGCAAUUUUCCCCAAUCCCAAACACUUAAUUGAGCAAUUGGGAUUCCUCACGUGUGGGCUGAUUUGUAGUUUGAACACGUGGCUCAUUCAAAAAAGCCGGAAUAGCGGAGGAUUUUUUUCACCCCCUUCUUCUUCUUCUUAUUCUAGGCUCUAGACUUAGAGGCGGGCGCCAGCCUUACCGUGUGUGACAUUCUCUGUCUCUUUGCCAAGGGGUUUGGAGGAAGACACAAAGUAGUUUCUCCUCCUUUUCACCCAACGCGCCAUCGUUUGGAGACACGAGAUUAAUAAUUGAGCAUUUAUUUAUUGCGCGAUAGAGACAGAGGGGCGAGGGAGAGCGAACGCACAGUGAGGCUGCCAGUUUAAAUCUAUCUGUGGCUUGAACGACCGUGAAGCACGCCACAGCCUCUCCGUAGUAGUAACGGCGAUUUAGGCUACUCAAAAUACGGCACAUCCGUGAGAGCAAACAACUAUCUCUCCCUCAGCGUAAAGAUUGUCCCUUUUCGGCGCAAAACAUGAAUAAGCUAUACAUUGGCAACGUGAGCGCUGAGGCGAGCGAGGAGGACUUCGAAACUAUCUUUGAGCAGUGGAAGAUCCCGCACAGUGGUCCGUUUCUUGUCAAAACGGGCUAUGCAUUUGUGGAUUGCCCGGACGAGAAAGCUGCAAUGAAGGCCAUCGAUGUUCUUUCAGGUAAAGUUGAACUUCAUGGGAAACUUUUGGAAGUGGAGCACUCGGUCCCUAAACGUCAAAGGAGCUGUAAGAUGCAGAUCAGGAACAUCCCGCCUCACAUGCAGUGGGAGGUUUUGGAUGGUAUGCUUGCUCAGUAUGGUACAGUGGAGAGCUGUGAACAAGUAAACACUGACACAGAGACUGCAGUAGUCAACGUCCGAUAUGGAGCUAAGGACCAGGCCCGGCUGGCGAUGGAAAAACUGAAUGGAUCUAUGAUGGAGAACUAUGCUUUGAAAGUGUCGUAUAUCCCAGACGAGACGGCUGCAGCAGAGGGGCCUUCAGGGGGAGGCCGGAGAGGCUUUAACGCCCGUGGAACCCCUCGUUCCGGUUCUCCAGGUCUGGGUGCCCGGCCCAAAAUGCAGUCAGACAUCCCACUGCGCAUGCUGGUUCCCACACAGUUUGUUGGGGCAAUUAUCGGCAAGGAAGGUGCCACUAUCCGCAACAUCACCAAACAGACCCACUCAAAGAUUGACAUCCACAGGAAAGAAAAUGCAGGUGCAGCAGAGAAGCCCAUCACAAUUCACUCCACUCCUGAAGGUUGUUCGAACGCUUGUAUGACCAUCAUGGAGAUCAUGCAGAAGGAAGCUAUCGACACAAAGUUUACUGAGGCGAUCCCACUGAAGAUACUUGCACACAACAACUUUGUAGGAAGAUUAAUUGGAAAGGAAGGACGCAACUUGAAGAAAAUUGAGCAGGAUACGGGGACCAAGAUCACAAUCUCUGCUCUCCUCGACCUGACAAUGUACAACCCAGAGAGGACCAUAACAAUAAGCGGCACCAAGGAGGAUUGUGGUACCGCUCAGAAGGAAAUCUCGAAGAAGCUCACAGAAUCGUAUGAGAGUGACAUGGCCGCUAUGAACCUCCAGUCCAACCUGAUUCCAGGCUUGAAUCUGAACGCUCUGGGUUUGUUCCCCAGCGGAGCACCAGGCAUGGGCCCCUCCAUGUCUGGAGUCCCGCCUCCUGGAGCCCACGGUGGAUCAGCAUAUGGAUGCAGUCCUUAUGGUGGUGAGGGGACAUUUUGGGCUUCUUCGCUCUCUGCGAGCAGCCAGCCCUUUUCUGGACACCCAGAGUCGGAGACUGUUCAUCUGUUCAUCCCUGCACUUGCGGUGGGAGCCAUCAUUGGAAAACAGGGUCAACACAUCAAACAGCUGUCACACUUUGCCGGAGCCUCAAUCAAGAUUGCCCCUGCAGAAGAAAAGGACUCCAUUCAUCGGGUUGUGAUCAUCAUCGGAACACCAGAGGCUCAGUUUAAGGCUCAAUGUCGCAUCUUUGGCAAGCUGAAGGAAGAGAAUUUCUUUGGACCCAAAGAAGAGGUGAAGCUGGAGGCUCACAUCAAGGUCCCUUCCUUUGCUGCUGGACGUGUCAUCGGGAAGGGUGGAAAAACGGUGAACGAGCUGCAGAACCUGACCUGUGCAGAGGUGGUGGUGCCCAGGGACCAGACGCCUGAUGAGAACGACCAGGUUAUCGUCAAGAUCAUCGGACACUUCUUUGCGUGCCAGCUGGCCCAGAGAAAGAUCCAGGAGAUCCUGGCCCAGGUGAGGAGGCAACAGCAGCCUAAGCCUACAUCUGGAGCCCAACCGCCACAGCCCCGCAGGAAGUAAAUCUCCAGCGGACCUGGAGGAACGGUGACUGAAUCUGCCAGAAGACUUGACAGACAGACAGACAGAUGCAGCAGAGUCCAGGGGGAGAACAAGACAAGGGGUUGAAACGCUCAUCUCAGGGGUCAAAGAUUAUCAGAACCCAACCAAACAUCCACCCCUCCUUGUCUUACUUGAUGAACUUUCAAGUGUGGAUAAUAAGAGACCAUCCACCUCUUAACCUCCACCCACCUCACCUCUCUGCAUCUCUGUGAGAAUGUACUUCUGAGGGCUCCCAACUACGUCACCUGCCCUCACAUGUACGCACCCCUCGACCGCUCUCCUCCUCCCCCCACGGGUGUGUUCAAAAGAUUUUUUUUUGUCCUCUUUUUACACUAGAAACACAAAGAAGAAAUAAGGAUCCCCCCCUCCUAUCAGCUACUUGAUGUGGUACUUCAAACCUGACAAGAUUUUUUUGGUAGACUUCAGAAUUAGUUUGUUUUCUUUUUAAGUGUUUAAUUGGUUGAUGAAGCUUUCUCAUGAGUUUUCUGUGGAAAGGAAAAGGCAUUGCUAUCAAGGUCCUGGUUGGACCAACAGAGGUUUAUUUUGGGGGAGGGUUGGCUCAGAUUGGGUGGGCCAUGUUUAGGGGAAAGAUUCUUGUUUCAGGACAGGACCCCUGAAAGGGUGGAUUAUAUUGGGUGUCCUGCCCUAGUAAUGAUAGUGGCAUUUUAUAAAUUUGGAUGCAUUUUAUAGAUAGACCUAUAUACAUAGAUGAAUAUAUAUUUAGAGGUGAGGGCAGCGCCACGACUGACACUUAGGGAAAACGGUGCCGAACUGCUGCUGCCCAGGAAAACCAAUUUAAUAUGCAUUUUACUUAACUACCUCAGGAUCUAGUACCUCAGAAGAGAAAAAGAAAAUGAUUAUAUAUAUGAAAAAAUGUUCCUUUCUUUUUUAUUUUGCUUUUGUGGUAUUUUGUAUACUUUAUAAAGCUGAUAGUCUUUGAACAUUUUUAUUUUUUUAAGAAAAUUUAAAAUUUGGUCAGCUGCCAACUGACCUUGCCUUCAACUCUGGUGCUUUAGGUGGCGUUGUUCAUGUGUAUGUGUGACUUAAGAUGACCCUGUACAUAAAGUCUAUUUGUACAUAGCAGCCCCGGAGCAAGAGUUGGCGCCCCCUCAGCUGGCGGCUGACAGGAGUAUCGAGAGAAAAUCGCCUCAGUUUUUCCCCUGAGGGUCCACCAUCUUCUGAAAAAAAAAAAGUACAAAACUGCAACUUGCAAAUAAUGCCAACCGUACAUAAUUGCAGCAAUGCCGUUUAGUUUUGGGAUUGACAUGGUUAUUGGUAACGGUACUUUAAUUUGUCAAAAAAAAUCUUUUUUGCCUUCCUAGGAGGGCUGUGUUCGGGGCAGCGCAGUGUGGACUUUAAGGGUCUGCUCUGUCGCUGCCCUACAGUCAGCAGAGCGUCUGUUUUUUCGUCUGUUUGUUCCCAGACCAUCUGCCACCUUCUUGACGUCGGUGUCUUAGCAAGGUCCAAGCCGGACUAGGUUUUUUUUUCAUAGAGCAAGCUUUGUCAGUUCGCAGUGGCCCUUGUAGCCAGGCCAUCAAGUCAAUGUAAACAUCGUUCACUGCAUGGUGAGUGGAGGAGACUCACUGAUAGACGCAUAUUCUUCUUUUUUUUUGCGCUAUAGAAAAUUGAUUUAAACAAAAACAUUCUCUGUAAUCCACAAAUGUAACUUGAUGUUGAUUUGUCCAAACAGGGAAAAGGCCAGAAAAGGCAAAAUACUGAAUGACCCUCCCGACUUGGGUGGGGUAAGAAAAGAGGAAAGGAAUCCAAAACUUAAAUACACAAUUUAUUUCAUUUGUCUCUUUAUGCCGAAUGUAAAUAUGUUGAUUGUGGUAAAAGUGCUCGAGUGUAUCCAUGCUUCCACAGUAGAACGCCGUCUACCUCAGCUGAGGGGGUGGGGGGGUUGUUGUGGGACGAGUCACCCCACCCUGCCCCCACUGAGCGCCAGCGCGCACCGAUACCUCAAUCCCCCGAACACUUCUUUCUACAUGGGCGCGCCAUCCUAACACCACGCUUAACUGAGGGGCACAAGUGAUACUUAAAAAUAUCCCCGACACCUCCCAAUUCUGUGCUUCCUUCCUGCCAAACCACCCUCCCCAUCCCUCCCCCCGCAGUUUGUUUUGAUCUACCUCUUUAGACGCGUAUUUGAAGUAGAGGCAUUCUUCUAUUUGUUAGAAUUUAGCCCCCCACCCCCUCCUUUAUGCCUCCCUAUGCUUCCCCCCAGAUAUGAAUGAAAACGUAAACUAAAAUCAUGUACUCUUUAGAAUUUGAGAGAAUAAUCGAGAAAAAAAAGUGAUCAAAAAUAUUUUCUUUGCCAGUGUUUAUAUGUACUCUUUUUGGCUUAAUUGAAAUCCUCCAACGAUGGUCAUUUCUUUCUGCUUUCUAUUUUUGGUGGUGUGGCUUACAUGUAUUUGAACUUUUGCUUGGGUUUUUUUUUUGUGAGUCAAAUCACGUGUUUGAUUUUGCAUUCAAUAGUUAAAAUGAGAAAAAAAAAAUACAGAUAAAAAAAAAAGGGCCUUACCUUUUUUGUUUCUGAUUUGUAAGACUUCAAAAUAGAUACAAGUCCUGUCUUUCUUUCCCUUUUGUCUUUCACUGAUGCUACACUCUCGCUGAUUUGGUAGCUCUAUUCUUCUGUUAGCAUUUAUUGGCUGUGUAACGUGAAACAUCCUGGUAUAAGACAGAUAUGAGGGACUGGGUCUCUGAGUUUUUUUGGAAAAGUGAUCUAACUUCAGCAUGAUAUUCCCUUCACCUCCUCUGCAACCAUGCUUGUGCCCCUUCACCUCCCCUUCACACACAGCUCCACUUGUCAAAUGCCUCUGAAUAAAAAAAAAAACAAUUAAA